CGCUCCAGCCACUGUGUUCAUUUUUGCCUGGCUGAGUUACUGGUAUGUCAACAAACGAGGAAGUGUGGGUCUGAUUUGCUCAUGUAAAAUCAAUAACAUAACAAGACUGAGAAAUGGACCGGUUCGUGUGGUCCAGUGGUUUGCUGGAAAUUAACGAAACGUUGGUGAUCCAGCAGAGAGGCGUCAGACUGUAUGACGGAGAGGAGAAGGGGAAAAUGGAUGUGGGGAUUCUGCUUCUAAGCACGCACAGAUUGCUCUGGAGGGACCACAAAAAUCAUGACUGCUGCAUUGCCAUGCCACUGUCACAGAUUGUUUUAUUUGAGGAGCAGGCAGGAGGGAUAGGGAAGAGUGCUAAGAUAGUGGUUCAUCUUCACCCAGCGCCUUCCAACAAAGAACCUGGACCAUACCAAACCAGCAAAUACUCUUACAUAAAACUGUCUUUCAAAGAACAUGGACAGAUUGAGUUUUCUAGGCGAUUAUCAGAAGAGAUGACUCAGAGGAGAUGGGAGCAUAUGCCAGUGUCUCAGCCUAUUAAUACAAGCACCACUUCACAGGCAGGACGAACGCGGGCAGUUGGAAUUGUGGGUAUCGAGAGGAAACUGGAGGAAAAGCGAAAAGAGAUGGACAAAAACAUUUCAGAGGCUUUUGAAGAUCUCAGCAAGCUUAUGGAAAAGGCAAAGGAAAUGGUGGAAUUAUCCCGGUCUAUAGCUAGCAAAAUCAAGGAUAAGCAAGGUGACAUCACAGAAGAUGAGACUAUCCGAUUCAAGUCCUACCUCUUGAGUAUGGGCAUAGCAAAUCCAGUCACAAGGGAAACCCAUGGGUCUGGAACACAUUACCACAUGCAGUUAGCCAAACAGCUUGGUGAGAUACUACUGGCACCACUGGAGGAACAAGGAGGCAUGAUGGCAUUGACAGAAGUGUAUUGUCUUGUCAACCGGGCUCGUGGAAUGGAGUUACUUUCUCCAGACGAUCUUGUAAAUGCCUGCAAAAUGUUUGAGGCACUUAAACUGCCGUUAAGGCUACGUAUCUUUGACAGCGGGGUUAUGGUGAUUCAGCUACAGUCACACAGCGAAGAAGAAAUGAUUGCUUCUGCUCUAGACAACGUGUCAGAAAAAGGAUCUCUUACGUCAGAAGAGUUUGCAAAACUUCUGGGGCUUUCUGUUCUUUUAUCAAAAGAAAGGCUGCUUCUUGCUGAGAAAAUGGGUCACCUUUGCAGAGAUGAUUCAGUGGAGGGCUUGCGGUUUUACCCAAACUUGUUCUGACUCAGAGCAGAAAGACUCUUUCAUUUCCAAUACUGUUUUCUAUUGACAUAACGUACAGGACUACCUACAGUUUUUUUUUUUUUUUUUUUUUUUUAAAAAAGCUUCAAUACCAUGGAUGAAGAAAACAUUUGCAUCAUCUUACUACAAUCUGACAAAGUAAAUACACCUUUGUGACCUGGAGGCACCUCAAAUGUCAAUGCCUUUCAGACAUAUGAAGGUCAAUAGUAACAAUCACACUGGUGCUGAGGAAUGUUGAUUUGGUACUGCAAAUUGCUUCUAGAUUCACACACACCUGAAGUAACUUACCUUUUCUAGAUAUUGCGAACUAAACUGGUAAGCUUGUAUUCACAAAUGACACAAUUCUUUCCUGGACAGUUCUCUUAAAAAUUCAUACUGCACAUAGCAGAUUUGUAAUGGGUGAAUUCAGAUGCAGUCACAUGCAGUGUAGCCUGUGUACCAGCCUUGCUUCUUUGACAUCCUCUCUGGUUCAGUAUGCAGGUAGCUGCUGCCUGUAGAACUGUACAUAUUACAGUGUAAUAAAACAAUGUCACAUUA